UAAUUCCAUUCUCAAGUAAAACUUGCAACUCUUGAAGCUCUUUGAGAGUUCGAGAGUUGAGAGAAAUUCGAGCUAGACAUUUGCACAGUUCUUCUUUCAGGAAAAAGAACUAAAACCAUGGCUGACCUUAGUCACUUGGCUCCUAUUUUUGGUGCCCUUGGUAGCAUCAUCUCGUUCAUUGUGUUCCUUUCUCCACUGCCAACAUUUUAUAAUAUUUACAAGAAGAAAUCAACAGAAGGCUAUCAAUCAAUUCCAUAUGUGGUUGCUCUAUUCAGUGCAAUGCUUAUGAUAUACUACGCUCUUCUCAAAGGCAACAUGAUGGUUGUUAUCAUCAUAAACGUCCUUGGUGUCUUUAUUGAAACAAUUUACGUUGGUUUCUACCUCUUCUAUGCACCAAAGAAAGCAAGGGUCCAAACUAUAAAGGUUCUACUUUUAUUGGUGGUGGGUGGCUAUGGAGCAAUUCUCCUCGUCGUUCAAUUUCUAUUCAAGGGAGUAAUACGUGCCCAAAUUGUUGGAUGGAUGUGCCUUGUGUUUUCGAUAUGUACGUUUGCAGCACCAUUAUGCAUAGUGCGAAAAGUUAUCAAAACCAAGAGCGUGGAAUACAUGCCAUUUCUCCUAUCACUUUUCCUCACAUUAAGUGCUGUCAUGUGGUUCUUCUACGGCCUUCUUAAAAAAGACCCCGUCAUUUAUUCACCAAACAUAUUGGGAUUCAUCUUCGGUAUUCUCCAAAUGGUGCUUUAUGCCAUGUAUAACAAGAAAGAGAAGAACAUCGUGAAGGAGCAGAAACUUCCAGAGCUACUACAAAAUCAUGUCAUAAUUUUAGAUGAUCAGAAAAAGCUUCCUCAUUUAACUGAAGAGCAGAUUAUUGACAUUUGGAAGCUUGGUUCACUGGUUUACUGUGAGAAACUUAAUGCACGUGGUGCUGAAGCAGCAGCUAAUGUUGAGAAUAUGCCAAAGCUCCAAACUGUGCAAACCUAAGACUUAUGAUUAAUUAUCAAACCUAAAGGAAUCUAAGAUUGGAAUUGGCAUUUUCCUUUCGUUUGCUUUUUCCUAAUUAUCCUAACGUGUUGUGUUUGUAUACACAAGUGAAUUCUCAGCUCAUCAAUGUAAUAAUAUUUCUCUUGUCAUGUACCUAGAACAAGAAAAUGCUUGUAUGUAUUUUCUUUGUUACUAAUAAAAUACGCUAUUUUUGUA